AUGACGACAGAGGAGUGUCCCGCGCCGCUGGGCGUGACCCAGGUAGGGGCGGGCCUGUGUGAGGACUACGGCCCCACCCAGGGUGAUGACAUCAUCGAGGAGCUGAGGCCGGGGGAUGAUGUCAGCAGUGAUCUCAGUACGCUGGUGGUUCCGUUCCCAGAGCUGGCUCCAGUGGUGUUUUUCUGUCUGAAACAGACCACCUGUCCGCGGAGCUGGUGCAUCCGCAUGGUGUCCAAUCCGUGGUUCGAGCGUAUCAGUAUCAUGGUGAUCCUGCUGAACUGUGUGACUCUGGGAAUGUACCAGCCCUGUGAGAACAUCCACUGCACCUCAGAUCGCUGCCACAUUCUACAGGCUUUUGAUGCCUUUAUCUACAUUUUCUUUGCACUGGAGAUGGUAGUGAAGAUGGUGGCUCUAGGGAUCUUUGGCCGUCGCUGUUACCUUGGCGAUACCUGGAACAGGCUCGACUUCUUUAUCGUCAUGGCCGGGAUGGUCGAGUACUCCCUGGAUCUCCAGAACAUUAACUUCUCUGCAAUCAGGACCGUGCGUGUGCUCAGGCCUCUAAAAGCCAUCAACCGAGUACCCAGCAUGCGGAUUCUGGUGAAUCUGUUGCUGGACACUCUGCCCAUGCUGGGGAACGUCCUCCUCCUCUGUUUCUUCGUCUUCUUCAUCUUCGGCAUCAUCGGUGUUCAGCUGUGGGCAGGCCUGCUCCGCAACCGCUGCUACCCCGAGGAAAACUUCACCCUUUCCUCAGGUAUCACACUGCCUGCUCCGUACUACCAGCCUGAGGAGGAUGAGGAGCGGCCCUUCAUCUGCUCUCUUCCUCAGGAUAACGGAAUCAUGUCGUGCCGUGACGUUCCCGCACGCCGCGAGGGCGGACGGGAAUGCUGCCUGGACAAAGAGGACAUCCUCAGCGCCGAACCUCUGGUCAAUGGGAGCGCUGGGGCCAUGGGCCUGUGUGUGAACUGGAACCAGUACUAUACCCGUUGUCACACAGGCCACACUAACCCGCAUAAAGGAGCCAUUAACUUCGACAACAUCGGCUACGCCUGGAUAGUCAUCUUUCAGGUGAUUACUCUGGAGGGAUGGGUAGAGAUUAUGUACUAUGUAAUGGAUGCACACUCUUUCUACAACUUCAUCUAUUUCAUCCUCCUUAUCAUCAUUGGCUCCUUCUUCAUGAUUAACCUGUGCCUGGUGGUGAUCGCCACGCAGUUUUCGGAGACAAAGCAGAGGGAGCACCAGCUGAUGCAGGAGCAGCGAGCCCAGUGUCUCUCCUCCAGCACGCUGGCCUCCAUGGCCGAACCAGGAGACUGCUACGAGGAGCUCUUCCAACUGGUCUGCCACGUCUUACGCAAGGCCCGUCGACGGUCUGUCGCCCUCUACAACACGCUUCGCGGCAGGCCCCCGCCUCCUGGGGGAGGGCGUGGGAGGGGUAGGGGUGGAGCUGGGCACAGAGGGGGUGGGGCCAGCAUCAAUGGAGGGGACAGGCACCACUGUCAGCUGACCCAGGUGUCUCAAUGUCCUCACCAGAGCAAGCAGGACCAGAGUCCUCAGGCUUUGGAUAAUGCUAUCUCCUUAGCUGUCACUCCAAACCCUGAGGAGUGCCCUCAUUGCACCACAACCCUGUCAAUCAGGGAGGGGGCAGGAGCUGUGAGAGAUUCAGCCAGUGGAGCUGAGGAGGAGGAGCCAGACAAGGAGGAGAAUCACUCUGAAGAGAGGAGGGAGGAAGAGGGUGAAGGCAAAAAUGGGAAGGCAACAAAAGCAAGACGUUCCUGUUUCGGGCAGUGCAAGGCAUUAUGGGAUGAAAUGAGGCUAAAACUGUGGGGUAUAGUGGAGAGUAAAUACUUUAACAGAGGAAUUAUGAUUGCCAUACUCAUCAACACCAUCAGCAUGGGUAUCGAACACCACAACCAGCCAGAGGAGUUGACCAAUGUGCUGGAGAUCAGUAACAUUGUCUUUACCAGUAUGUUCACUCUGGAGAUGAUUCUCAAACUGACGGCAUUCGGCUUUUUCCAGUACCUGAGGAACCCCUACAACAUCUUUGACGGAGUCAUUGUCAUCAUAAGCGUGUGUGAGAUCGUGGGCCAGGCUGACGGGGGCCUGUCGGUUUUGAGGACCUUUCGUUUGCUGCGGGUCAUUAAGCUGGUCCGUUUUAUGCCUGCCCUGCGCAGACAGCUGGUUGUCCUCAUGAAGACCAUGGACAAUGUGGCCACCUUCUGUAUGCUGCUAAUGCUCUUCAUCUUCAUCUUCAGCAUUCUGGGGAUGCAUAUAUUUGGCUGUAAGUUCAGUCUGAAGACAGAAGCAGGAGACACGGUGCCAGACAGAAAGAAUUUUGACUCCCUGCUCUGGGCUAUCGUCACUGUAUUCCAGAUCCUAACUCAGGAGGACUGGAACAUGGUCCUGUAUAAUGGUAUGGCCUCCACCUCUCCACUGGCGGCUCUCUAUUUUGUUGCCCUUAUGACCUUUGGGAACUACGUCUUGUUCAACCUGUUGGUGGCCAUCCUGGUGGAGGGUUUUCAGGCAGAGGGAGAUGCCAAUCGUUCAUGCUCAGAUGAUGACAGGUCCUCCUGUAAUUUUGAUGAGAAUGACAAACAGAGAGAUUCUCUUCACAUGUCAGAUCCAAAAAUCUGCACAUUAACCCCCAAUGGACACCUGGAUCUGGCUCCUGCACCCAACCCUUUGGGACAGUACCAGGCGGAGAGGCUGGCCUUCGCCCUCGGUUCACGAAAGAGCAGCGUUAGCUCUUUGGGCAGAGUUAACCUAGAGCAGAAGGCUUUGUGUCCUGGUCGGGCCUCACUCUACCAUAACUGGGGUCGUCCUGCCCCUCAGACAGUGUGGAGCCGCAGGUCCAGCUGGAACAGCCUGGGUCGGCCGUCCAGGGGUGUGGCAGUGGGCAUGGCUGUGGGCGGAGCUGGGGGAGGUGGCAGCCUGAGGGUGCGUGGCCCUCACACACAUCCGGCGGAGCAGGAGUCUCUUCUGUCCCCUCCUCCUCUCCCUCUACCCCCGCCUCUCCUCUCCAGACACUUCGUACCCCGCAGAGACCGCCGGGCCCUGUCACUGGAGCUCCCCGAACUGCUGCAGGUGCCCGGACCCCCCCUGCCCCCUCUCCACCCACGCCCCCGUAAGAAGAGUGCCUCUUCAGGGGUGGGGGGAGGCGGAGGGGAGCACCAGGACUGUAACGGGAAGACUCCUUCUGUGCAGCAGCAGCUCCUGAGUGAGGUAUACCCUCAGGUGAAUGCACGGAAAGAGCGGGAAGACCUGGAGGACGAGAUUGACUAUAGUUUGUGUUUUCGGAUCCAGAAGAUGUUGGAGGUGUACCGGCCUGACUGGUGUGAGACGCGUGAGGACUGGUCCGUCUUCCUUUUCUCCCCUCAGAACAAGUUUAGACUGAUGUGUCAGUCUAUUAUUGCCCAUAAGCUCUUUGAUUACGUGGUCUUGGCCUUUAUCUUCUCUAACUGCAUCACUGUGGCUCUAGAGAGACCCAAAAUCCUGCAGGGUAGUCUGGAGAGGCUUUUUCUGACCAUAUCCAAUUACAUCUUUACUGCCAUCUUUGUGGGAGAGAUGACACUCAAGGUGGUGUCUAUGGGCCUGUAUCUCGGAGAGCAGGCGUACCUGCGUAGCAGCUGGAAUAUUCUGGAUGGCUUUUUGGUGUUUGUGUCUCUCAUUGACAUUGUGGUGUCAAUGGCGGGCGGGGCUAAGAUCUUGGGUGUGCUCAGGGUACUACGGCUCCUCCGCACUCUCCGCCCCCUCAGGGUCAUCAGUCGUGCUCCUGGUCUGAAGCUAGUGGUGGAAACUCUCAUCACCUCUCUCAAACCCAUCGGGAACAUUGUUCUCAUUUGCUGUGCUUUCUUCAUCAUUUUUGGGAUACUUGGAGUUCAGCUUUUCAAAGGCAAGUUCUUCUACUGCCUGGGUCUGGACGUAAGGAAUAUCACCAAUAAGUCUGACUGUCUGCUGGCCAAUUACAAAUGGGUCCAUCACAAGUACAACUUUGACAACUUGGGCCAGGCUCUGAUGUCGCUGUUUGUGCUGGCAUCAAAAGACGGCUGGGUGAAUAUAAUGUAUCACGGACUGGACGCAGUGGGUGUGGACCAGCAGCCCAUUACCAACAACAACCCAUGGAUGCUGUUGUACUUCAUCUCCUUCCUCCUCAUCGUCAGUUUCUUUGUGUUAAACAUGUUUGUGGGUGUGGUGGUGGAGAACUUCCACAAAUGUCGGCAGCACCAGGAGGUGGAGGAGGCCAAGAGAAGGGAGGAGAAGAGACUCCGGCGGAUGGAGAAGAAAAGAAGGAAGGCUCAGAAGCUACCGUACUAUGCCAGUUACAGUCAUGUGAGGCUGAUGAUUCACACUCUGUGCACCAGUCAUUACCUGGACCUCUUCAUCACCUUCAUCAUCUGCAUCAACGUGGUCACCAUGUCUCUGGAGCACUACAGCCAGCCUCAUUCUCUGGAGAUCGCUCUCAAGUACUGUAAUUAUUUCUUCACCAGUACCUUUGUGCUGGAGGCAGUGCUGAAGCUCGUCGCAUUUGGCUUCCGCCGCUUCUUCAAAGACAGGUGGAACCAGUUGGAUCUGGCCAUCGUCUUGCUGUCCGUUAUGGGAAUCACUCUGGAAGAGAUUGAGAUCAGCGCCGCUCUUCCCAUUAACCCCACCAUUAUCCGCAUUAUGAGAGUUCUUCGCAUCGCCCGUGUGCUCAAGCUGCUGAAGAUGGCCACAGGAAUGAGAGCUCUCCUGGACACCGUGGUCCAGGCUCUGCCACAGGUGGGGAACCUGGGCCUCCUCUUCAUGUUACUCUUCUUCAUCUACGCUGCUCUUGGAGUGGAACUCUUUGGAGAGCUGGUGUGUAACGAGGAUUAUCCGUGUGAGGGGAUGAGCCGUCACGCCACCUUUGAGAAUUUCGGCAUGGCAUUCCUCACAUUAUUCCAGGUUUCCACAGGUGAUAACUGGAACGGCAUUAUGAAGGACACGCUGAGGGAGUGUCCUCCAGGAGAAUACACCUGUAACCCCAGCCUGCAGUUCAUCUCUCCGCUGUACUUUGUGAGCUUUGUGCUGACAGCUCAGUUUGUGCUCAUUAAUGUGGUGGUGGCCGUGCUGAUGAAACAUCUGGACGACUCCAACAAGGAGGCGCAGGAAGACGCUGAGAUGGACGCCGAGAUUGAGCUGGAGCUGGCCCAGGGAACGCUCUGCUGCAUGGGAGGGGUCAGCGUGGGAGGGGGAGGGGGUGGAGAGAAGGACAGAGGAGGCGGGGACAGACAAGGGGCAGGAGCCGGGACAAACAACCAACACCUGCGCACCCAUACACCCACUCCAAACCCAGGCCCCCACCACCCAAACGAUCCCCACAUGCUCUUCUCUCCAGCCCAGGAAAACUUGUGGUUGGACAGUGUGUCUCUGCUCAUCAAAGACUCCUUAGAGGGGGAAAUGCUUAUGAUUGACAACCUCUCUGGUUCUGUCUUCCACCACUAUUCCUCUCCUCCGCUCUGCAAGGACUGCAAGAUUCAUCCGCAGGAGGAGAUCAGUAUGGCUGAGAUUGAGCAGGUGUCUCUGUGUUCGGAGCAGCUCUCUGACAAGUCCUUCUCCCCAGUGCUCCCAGAGCAGUUCGAUCUGGACGAACAGAGCGGCCUCCAGUCAGCAGACACGGAGGGCAUGGAGGAGAAGCCUAGUGGUCAUGCCCACAGCUCAGAGGAGGCUGAGGAGGCAGGAGAACCUUUGGGGGUUCACAGUGCAGGUGCAGAGGAAGGGGAGGUGGUAUCAGAGACUGGAGCGAGAAGACGGCCUCAGCGACAGCUUCAAAGCAGCCCCACGCAAUGCAGUAUGGGUGGGAUCCAGCCAAACAGCAGUAGAUGUGGAGGAGGUGAUGGAGGAUGUGAAGCUGGUACCAGUGGUUCCUCAUCUCUCUUUGGCCUGCCCUCAGAGUUUUUCCACCCUGCGGCUGCCGCUUUCCCUGCCCCCCCCAGGUCUCGGCCAGGCCUCCGAUCCCGAGGGGUCAGACUCAGCUCCCCUGCCUCCUGGGCCUCCCUCCGCUCCCCUGGAGCAAACACCAUGAUGCUCAUGGCACAGUACCCGUCACACAGUGACUCGUCCCUGGCCACGGGGAGCUCAGAGGGGAGUCUACAGACCACUCUGGAGGAAGGAUUAAGCUUCAGUGUCUCUCCGUCUCUGAACCUGGACCCAUCCUCACUUUUUGCCUCCCCUCUCCCCAACCAAAGCGCCAGCCCCUCCAUAGACACCCUCAGACCCAGCUCCCCGGCCGCGCAUCCCCUCCAGGCCACCAGGGUGCAGCAGAGGGGUCAGAGUUGCUGCAGUGGCAGAAGCAGCAGUGGGAGCACCAGACAGGACACUGCGCCCCCCUGUGAGGAGGAUUUGGGGAUAAGUGUUGACUGUCAAAGCUCCAGCCAGGCCUCUAACAGCACACAGCUGUCUGAGACACAGAGUAGUGUGUCCCUAACCUCACUACAGUCGACCAGCACGCUGGCACCCCACUCUGUGAAGAAGUGCAGCAGUACCGGCAGUCUGGAACAGGGGGCGCUAUCAGCCAGGGGCAGGGAAGGGCAACAGCUAUUUGGAAAGGAGCUCCAAGAAUUUCUUGCCAACCCAUGGGCACAAGACAAAGGAGGAAUAGAAGAAGGAGAGAACGAGCAGCUGGAAAUGAAAGAAUCGGAAAGGAAAAGAACAAGUGUGGUUCUUGUUCCAGCUCUGGACGUGACUGGAGGAGGUGGGGGAGAAACCCAGCUGUGA